AUGGCUUCCUGUUUUUACGCCUCCAAGAUCAUCCUGCGCAUUGUCCAGGCGGUGUUUGCCCUGGUGGCGUUUGCGGCGUCGGCCUACAUCCAGAGCAAGGGCCAUGUCGAGCCGCGCAUCAACUUUAUGGUAUUCACCGGCGUGACGGCCUGGCUGCUGGCCAUGUUCUACGCCGUCGUCAGCUGCUCCGAGGGGCUGCAGCGCACCUUCUGGGGUGUCGUGGAGGUGGCAGUUAAUGUGCUGUGGGUGAUAUUCUGGAUGUCGGCCGCGGGCGCCUACGCGGCAUUUGAGAAGUGCAAGCCCUCUCAGAUCGACGUGUUGGAGCCGUUUGCCUACUGCAACGCCAUCCUGGCCAGCCAGGCGUUCGCCUGGAUGAGCUGGCUGCUCUGGAUCCCCAGCCUCGCCAUCUCGGUGGUGGACAUGCGCCGCGGGGAGGGCAUCACCGGGGGCGGCAAGCGCUACCCCGUGGGCACGCCCGCCUGA